GUCUCUCGGGAGGCUGGAUUAACCACAAGUUGUGGUGAACCAGGGUAAAAUCGGUGUGCCUCUUACUCUUCUCUUUACUUCUCGUUUAUUCAUUUUUUUUAUUCCUGCAAUUUUUGAUCAAACGCUAUUCACCCCCCCUCUAGCAUUAGUCUCUUAUUCUAACAAUUGGUAUCAGAGCCUAACUCGCGUCCAAACUUAACCGUUUGAGAGUAAAGCGAUCAUGGGCUCUUCUUCUAGAAAUCUCUAUGCAGGAAUUGGAGAAGGUCAAUCAACUUCUAGGCCACCACUCUUUGAUGGCACCAACUACUCUUAUUGGAAGGAACGGAUGAGAAUCUACAUUCGUUCCACCAACUUCCAAUUGUGGUUGGUGAUCAAAAAUGGCGAGGAAAUCCCUAUGAAGAAAGUGGGAGAAACCACGGUCCCAAAGACUGAAAACGAAUUUGAUGCCGAGGACAUCAAGAAGAUUGAAAACUAUGCAAAGGCCAUCAAUAUGCUAUAUUGCGCGGUCAACCCCGAUGACUACCGAAAGAUCUCCUGUUGCACAACCGCCAAGGAGAUGUGGGACAAGCUUGAAGUGACGUACGAAGGUACCGAUCAAGUUCGUGAAGCCAAGAUCGAUUUUCUCACCCAAGAGUACGAAAUGUUCCGGAUGAAAGAAGGUGAGAAAAUUGAUGACAUGUUCGACCGUUUUUCAAAGAUCAUCAACGACCUUCAUGCUCUCAAAAAGACUUACACCAACAAGGAUCUCGUGAGGAAAAUCCUGCGGAGCCUCACACCCGAAUGGAGGUGUUAGGCGUGUCGUAGCACCUACAAAUUAAUUUAUUAUUUCCUUGACUUUUAACCCCCUUUAUGAUUCAAUAUUCAUCAAAACAUAUAGAUAGGGCAAGUAAGGGUCGAUCCCACGAGGAAAGAUACUUUUUAGGCUACGAAAAUCAGUUCACUUGUCACUUUUAUUGAAUAAAAACUAACGAAAAUCUAAAACUAAAGCUAAGAGAUAUGG